AGAAAUGUUCAAAACUGAAGCAAAACUUUCCGCUAUUGAGUCGAUCGAGUGCUACACUUCUCAUAUAUAAGUUGAGCUCAAGUUCCCAAUUAAGCCAUAAUUCUCCACAAACUCCACACAUUUAGUACACAUUUGUAUAACCAGUGAACAAUAAUUGACUCGAUUGUAUAGUUUGACAAUUAACUAUCUCAUAAACGAUUAGUGAAUUUAAAAGUUGAAUCAAUCUAUGCAUUCAAAUGCUUUAAUGCAUACAAAGAUCUAUAGAAGUGCUGCUAAAGUAUUAAGCGUCGAGAGUCUGAAAAACCGGAAAAAGUAAACGAUUAAUAAAAAAAGGCAAUCGAAAAUGCUGUUCACAAUGGCUUAUAAUUUCGCACUCCAUAUAUCGUUGGCCUCGAUUGCCAUCGACUUAGUGCUGGCGGUGGCGUCCCUACUGACGGGCACCUCCUCAUCCAACUGUGCCUUUGCGGUCGACUGCGCUCUCGACGUGUUCUCGUCGGCGAUACUCGUCUGGCGCUUCUAUGGCGAGUCCGACCCCAAGACCUCUGACCCCAACUAUGACCCCCACUAUCAGUUCGGUCUCAGCGGUCAUCAGUCGCCCCAAAGCCAGCGCAAGGAACUCCUCGCCUGCAUAGGGCUCGGAGUUAUGUUCAUACUGUCCGGGGUUAUAGUGAUCGGCAAAUCGGGCGCCGAUUUGGUUGUGUCCGACAAUAUGCUUGAUUUGGAGCCCGAUAUGAAUGGUCUGCCGGGCAUACUUCACGUCACUUCAGUGGCAUUUGUGAUCUGUGGGCUCCUGGCCCUUGGAAAAUAUGUCUUAUACAGACACAUGCACUCCAAGUCUAUUGGACAGGGAUGUAUAAAGUUAUUGGGAAAACCAUAUUGGACCGUGAGCUCCAUAAGCGCUGAUCACUGGCGCGCCGUAGGACUUGACACCAUAGGGGGCGGACAGGAGGCCUCCAUGGACUGA